UGUUGGAUCCAACAAUUAUUUACCAAUCUCUUUUUAAUCUUUCAAUUCAAAUCACCUUUUAGUGCUCUUCAUCUUCAAGGAAAUCUCUAGUAGAAAGCAAUCAUUUGUCUUUAUUUUGAUCUCGAGCUUUAGUUAUUUUAUUGUGGGGUGAUUAAUCCAGAGUUCUGGAUACAGAAAAUGGACGCAAAAUCAUUGGCGAAAUCGAAAAGAGCUCAUUCUUUACAUCUUAAUAAGAAGCAUAAUCCACAUCAUGCAUCUAAGGGUUCUUCUGCUGGUUCUGGCACGUCUGGCGGUGAUAAGAAGGCUACUACCGUCAAGCAAGUCAAGGAAAAGCCUAAAUCGAAACUCCCCUCGAAUUGGGAUCGAUAUGAAGAAGAGAAUUCAGAUUCUGAAACUGCGACUCAGGAAGGCGCAAGUGACGUGGUCGAGCCAAAAAGUAAAGGAGCAGAUUAUGCAUACUUGCUUUCGGAGGCCAAGUCUCAAUUUCAGUAUUCUUCAGAGAAUGUUUCUUUUUGUGAUGAUAUUUUAGAUGACUUUUAUCAGGGCCUAGGAGCAUUACUCUCUGCAAAAGGGCAAAGCAAGUUAUCGUGGAUAGCUGAAGACAAUUUUGCAAUGGAAGAUAAGGCACCUCCUCCGACUAAGGCAUCAUUUCUUUCACUUGAUCUACAAGCUCUUUCAGAGCAGCUUGAAAGAGCAAGUCUAUCAGAGAGGCUUUUCAUUGAACCAGAUCUACUUCCUUUGGAGCUACGAACUGAGGAGUCGCAAGCAGCACCUGAAGAGAAACAUGAAGGCGGUCUAGCUUCAAGCCAGAGUUCAACAUUGGAAAAAGACUCCAUUUCAUUAACCUCCCCUAGUGUCUAUGAAAGUAACAAAAACAGGAAUCAACAUUCUGAAUUCUCGCAUCUGAGCUCCACAACCAGCUGUAGCCGGCAUCCAACUUUAGCUGAUGAAUCCUCUAACCCUUCGAGUGCUUUUAAGGAUGAGAUUUUGCAAUCUGAAGGAGCUGGACAAAAUGAUGCAUCAAUGUUUGCUUCAGAAUUCAACACGAGUUCUGUUGCUAAGAAACCGACUGCAUUUAAGGCAGCAGCUGCAGAAGCAGAGCUUGACAUGCUUCUCGAUUCAGUCACCGAGAUUGAAAUUUCUGAGUCCACAAAUGUAACUGACCAGUCUAGUCGUCCUUACCCCGUGACACAAGCAGGAACACCAACUCCAUUAUCAGAAGGGACAUCGUCCAAGAGAGGCCAUGAUUUGGCUAAACCUGCAAUAUCAGAUAUCAGUUUGGAUGAUACAUUAGAUGAUCUUCUCAAAGAAACAUCCACUGUGACUAACAAAACCGAGGCUUCGCCACCUAAUGAGGUAAACUCCACUGCUGGUUAUACACCAUCUGCCUCUCAACUGGUCUCCAAGCCUAAAAUUAUCGACGAUUUUGAUUCAUGGUUUGACACAUUGUAACUGAACGACACCUUUUGAACAGUGACGAUCUGAGGCUAAUCAUUUCAUCUUACGUGUUUCAACAAUGUUUUCCAUGUUAAACUCAAAAAAAAAUCGCGGCACAAAUUGCCAAA